AUGAAUAUAAUCUCUCUCUACUUGCAGUCCAUCGAUCCCGGGCAGCAGUUCACGUGGGAACACUCCAACCUGGAAGUCAACAAACCAAAGAACAGAUAUGCUAACGUGAUAGCAUACGACCACUCCAGAGUCCUGCUAUCGGCUAUUGACGGUAAGCAGCUCUCCCCUUGCCUUGAAUUGACUGUCGAGUGACAGUCUGCUUCUAUACAGUACCACUGUGUUCUGUGCUCUAGGAGUACUAGCAUACAUUAAGCUAUGGUAUCUAGGGCUGUGACGGUCAUGGACUUUUGGGUAACGGUUAUUUGUUACACGCGCACACACACAGUCACACAAACAUAGACUACAUACUAAUUAACCUACUCCAUUUGAAUAUUUCCCAUAGAGAGAAAACAUUGAAAAAACACAUAAACAAACUGACUCUCCCAAGGCAGUAAAUGGAUGCUAAUGGGAAGAAAACUGAUAAAUAAAGACAUUCAGAGUCCCUUUGCAGUCUCCCAGAAAAACCCAUGCAGCUGAGAGUGUUGAUGGACCCCAUUAACUAGCCAUAAACACACAUCUGUACACUCACAUCGAAGCCUUCGUGAGGGAGGAAACCGCUACUCUGCCAGACAGGCUUGUGGGACUUCCCCCUGGAGCUCCAAACAAAGCCUUUGGCAACCAGGACUUCUUUGAUUUAGUUCUUUUGGCGUAAGGGACAUGUCUGUUUAAGUAGCUCACCAAGCUAGCGACUGACUGUCGGGAUUGUAAUGGAGGACUUUUUCCUCGGGUGCUUUUGGAAUCCCCUGAUGUGUGGUAAAGUGUGUGGUAGGCUAUUAGCGUUGACUAUAUAGAGGGGAAUUGGGUGACACUUAACUUGAACCCUCUGUCGUUAUAGGCCCAUAUAACAAAGUCAUGAUAGUGUUAUAACAGAUGUCAUAAACAGUCAUGUCAGAUGAUUGUAACUGACACAACACAUUUAGCAUCAUAACAUGUUGUUAUAGUUGUGUGCCUUAAGCCAGACAUGAAUACCACUUUAUUUAGUCCUUUGUACGCUGCCACAGGGCUUUAGUUGGGCAACCUAUGUGUCUCCCCUCACUUUGAACUCCGAACCAUUCAUCAAAAUUUGUCUCCUUUCAUUGUAACAUUCCUCACCAGAUGAAUGCACGUUAUGUAAGCAAACAUCUGUAUAGUCAGUUUUCCACUAUACUCUGCUCCAAAACUGUCCCUGGACUCUAUUUUUAACUCAGUUGAGACGCAGUUCAAAGUGGACCAACGUGAGUCACUGGCCAGCUGUUUCUCAAAAGGUCAGUGCAGCUAAAAUUGAGAAAUCACAACAUAACCUAAUUACGGUUGUCUGUGCUUGAUCGAGGAGCUUUUAAUGUCCAGGUAUACUGGUUAUUCUCCAAUUGUUGGAAAGUUAUGAUACCGUCAUAAAUCGUGAAGGCAGGUCGAUGAUGUAAUGGCCAGCAUAGAACUCUAAAAGAGGACUUUUACCAAAAGUUACUUCAGUAUGGAUUAUGCCUCGUAAAAUGGAUAACCAUAAAAAUUCCUACCACACAUGCCACUUUUAGCCUUUUUUAGGACACGUUGCCAAUUAUUAUUUUCUUCGAUUGUUUGCCAGUAAGUUUGAUAUCUGCACCAUAUUAUUAGUUGUGUUUCUUUCUUGAUAACGGUAUUGAAAGUCUUGCAAGCAGAUGGCUGUGUUUCGCACAAAUCCUGAGUGACACUCCGGCCAUCUGCAGAGAAACCAAAUAUGCUUCCAGACACUGUCUUGUUUUCAUUAAACCAUAAUAAUGUCUCUUUUUCCUUGCACGUCCCUUUCAUUUUGAAAGCUGGGGGCUUAAUUGUCUUUAUCCCUUGUCCAUUAUGGAAAUAUACAGCCAGGCAACGGCUGCACGAAAGGGUUUAGCAGGUAAAAGGAGGGGAGGGAGAAAAAAGACGGGUAAGAAAUGUCGGGUUUUGAAUGAGCGCACAUUUUCUUUUCUAGUCUUUUCUUUUUUUUGCACCGAAUAAGUUACCUGGGAGAAAAAGGGAGGGGUGGAUGAAAGGGGGGAGAGUUGGAGCAUGGGCGGCUGGCUAUGGAAACGUGGCAUCCAUGCAGAUGAGACUUAUCUUGGUAGACCAUGUGUGCGCUGGGCCCCCAACUGCCAGUCCCGAAGCAUUGACUAGCUGUCAGCUCCGUCUUCGCCUCUCCCCGGAUUGAAAAAAAAUAAAAAAGUGCUUUCAUUUAGCAACCAGUGAAAAAAGAGGAGAGUAGGAGGCGGCAGUGGAAGAAAAACAGUUUUGCCUGGUUUCGUGUUUAUUUUUCUGUCUGUGAGGUUGAGGGGAGAGGUGGGAAGGAGGCGUUUUUCAAAGCCAAACUUUAUCGCCGCUUUGAAGUUUCACUGUAGAUAGAGGAAAUGCUAUUUUUGCAAUCAUCAACGUUACAUUCAAGAGUAUGAUAACAAUUGACACAGUAUUUCAACUAGUAGGCAGCCAUUUUGUAUGGAUAGAUGACACAAAAGGCACACAAUGGCAAAGCUUAAAUGAAAAACACAGUAGCCUUAGACUGUAUGCCUGGGUAGUUCCUGGCUGAGUAAACUAACUCUGGAGUUGUGCCCUUUUAGUUAGAAAGAACUCAGUCAGGAUUAAGUGUCGUUCACUGUCAAAACAACUCAAGGUAUUGAGUGGGACUAGCAGGGGUCUGAACCUCUAAGCACUAGCAGAAUGGGACUUCACCUUUCACAGUACCUGCUAGUGGAUGGACUAACGUUAUUGAUCCCAAUCAAAGCCAAAGCCACUGUUAUGUGUCGCUCAUCAUUUUUUCCCUGUUUGUCAUACAACCAAAGUUAAUCACUCUCCACAUACAGACCCCACACACAUAUGUACACACACACACACCACUCGCCCCCCUCCAAACCCCCCCAACCAGACACCAUCCAUUCUAAUCACUUUCCCUCAUCUUUCCCAGGUAUCCCUGGAAGUGAUUACAUCAAUUCCAACUACAUCGACGGCUACAGGAAGCAGAAUGCGUACAUCGCCACGCAGGGCUCGCUGCCCGAGACGUUUGGUGACUUCUGGAGGAUGAUCUGGGAACAGCGGAGUGCCAACAUCGUCAUGAUGACCAAACUGGAGGAGAGAUCCAGGGUAAGCACAGAUCUGGAAUCAGCCCUAUGGGAUUCAUUAUGCAUUUGAUUGUCAUGCACAGGUCUAGGUCUGUUACACAGGUCCAUUUUAUCCUACCAUGACAUUAGUCAUGGUCGCUGAAACAAAAUGGAGUAAUUCUACGACAGUACAUUUUAAAUAUAUGGCACACGUGUCAUAUCAUUGAAUUUGUAAAGUAGAAAAAGUCUAAAUUGAAUUAUGUCAUCGUUAUAUAUUCUACUUCAGGCAUCUACAUUUUGAUAUCAUUGUAUGUGGUCUGUAAAGCAAACAUGCUGGAAUAUAAUUUCAGAUUCCAAAUUAGGUGCAAUUUAAUUAGCCUACUUUCCAUCGUUUACUUCCAAGCUUCAUUGAAACAGCAACGUCAUAGCCCAACCCAAGACUCAUCAUGGCUAUCCAUUUGCUUCUAUGAUGCAAAUACCUGAUUUAACAUUUUCCUAGAUCUCCCCAUUCCUCCUUUCAUUCUGUGUUCCUAUUUUUGUGUGUGUUUUGUGUCAUGUUCCUUCAGAUGCCCUCAUAUUUCUUCUCUAAGGCAAGACAUCUUGCAUUCUGUUUCCAAUGGAUGUCACUCACUCACUUAUUUGCCACAACAUGACUUUCCCUUUUGUUCUUUUUAGUAUUAGUGAUGCUAUACUGUUAUUGUAAUUAGUCGCAUGGUCACUAGGUUAGCCAGCAGCACCGCUUUAAGCUAUAGCUGAAUUUGUUGCUAAUGCUAAAAUGUCAGUCACUCGGUACAAGAACCAAGCACACAGCACCUGUCACUCUUUCAAGGUUAAAAGACACACACUUUGGCUCUGGCACUGCAAGGUCUCUUAUGUAUGUUUGAAAUCACAAAGAAACAAAGACUGCAUGGUCUCCACAAGUUACAAGUUUCACACGAUUCCUCCUCUAAAGAUCGUUAACUACUUGUUUACAAAGCUCUCUCAAGAGGAGACCAAUUCCAUGUAUUCCACCUUACAUUUUUACUGUAUUACCUGGUAGAACUGUCUGAAUAGAUGUUGUGAAUGGAUUGCUUUUACUCUUCGUUAGCUUACAGUGCCUUCAGAAAUUAUUCACACCCCUUUAUGUUUUCCACAUUUUGUUGUGUUACAGCCUGAAUUUAAAAUUGAUUACAUUUAGAUUUUUGUCACUGGCCUACAUACAAUACCCCAUAAUGUCAAAGUAGAAUGAUGUUUUUCGAGAUUUUUUACAAAUUACAAAAAAAUUAAAAGCUGAACCACUUUGUUAUGGCAAGCCUAAAUAAGUUCAGGAGUAAAAAUGUGCUUAACAAAUCACAUAAUAAGUUGCAUGGACUCUGUGUGCAAUAAUAGUGUUUAACAUGAUUUUUGAAUGACCUCCUCAUCUCUGUACCCCACACAUACAAUUAUCUGUAAAAUCCCUCAGUCGAGUAGUGAAUUUCAAGAACAGAUUCAACCACAAAAACUGGGGAGGUUUUUCAAUGCCUUACAAAUAAGGGCACCUUUUGAAUGGUGUAUUAAUACAACCAGUCACUAAAAAGAUACAGGUGUCCUUCCUAACUCAGUUGCCGGAGAGAAAGGAAACCGCACAGGGAUUUCACCAUGAGGCCAAUGGUGACUUUAAAACAGUUACAGAGUUUAAUGGCUGUGAUAGGAGAAAACUGAGGAUGGAUCAACAACAUUGUAGUUACUCAACAAUAGUAACCUAAAUGACAGGGUGAAAAUAAGUAAUAAGCCUGUACAGAAUAAAAAUAUUCCAAAACAUGCAUCCUGUUUGCAACAAGGCACUAAAUUAAUACUGCAACAAAAUGUGGCAAAGCAAUGUGGCAAAGCAAUAUUGGUAAAUCCAAUAGAACACAUUACUGAGUACCUGUCUCCAUAUUUCCAAGCAUAGUGGUGGCUGCAUCAUGUUAUGGGUAUGCUUGUAAUCGUUAAGGACUGGGGAGUUUUUCAGGAUAAAACAGAAUGGAGCUAAGCAUAGGCAAAAUCCUAGACGAAAACCUGGUUCACCAGACACUGAGAGAUUAAUUCACCUUUCAACAGGACAAUAACCUUGCUUACCAAGAUGACAGUGAAUGUUCCUGAGUGGCCCGAGUUACAGUUUUGACUUAAAUCUACUUGAAAAUCUAUAGCAAGACCUGAAAAUGGUUGUCUAGCAAUGAUCAACACUUAAAGACUUACCCAGAAAGACUCAAAGCUGUAAUCGCUGCCAAAGGUGAUUGACAAAGUAUUGACUCAGGGGUGUGAAUACUUAUGUAAAUGAGAUAUUUCAGUAUUUAAUUUGCAAUAAAUUAGCAAAGAAAUUGAAAAAUAUGUUUUCACUUUGUCAUUAUAGAACAUUUAUGUAAUUCAUUUUGAAUUCAGGCUGUAACAAAACAAAAUGUGGAAUAAGUCAAGGGGUAUGAAUACUUUCUGAAGGCACUGUAUAUUGUAGACCCAAGUGCAUGUUUUGACCAUUGUCUGGUUCUAGUUGUUAGUUGCUUUAGAUAAUCAAGUAUCACAUAAGAAUGACUCAUAGCUUUGUGAAAACAUACAAAAGCUGCCUCAUAGACCUUUGUCAAGCUUUAGCGUCAUGUUUGACACGGUACCGGCAAGCGGUACCGGAGUGCCAAGUCUAGGUCCAAAAGACUUCUCAACAGCUUCUACCCCCAAGCCAUAAGACUCCUGAACAGCUAAUCAUGGCUACCCGGACUAUUUGCACUGCCCCCCCACCCCAUCCUUUUUACGCUGCUGCUACUCUGUUAAGUAUUUAUGCAUAGUCACUUUAACUCUACCCACAUGUACAUAUUACCUCAACUACCUCAACUAGCCGGUGCCCCCGCACAUUGACUCUGCAACGGUACCCCCCUGUAUAUAUAGCCUCCCUACUGUCACUUUAUUUUACUGUAUAUAUAGCCUCCCUACUGUCACUUUAUUUUACUUCUGCUCUUUUUUUCUCAACACUUUUUGUUGUUGUUGUUUUAUUCUUACUUUUUUUGUUUAAAAUAAAUGCACUGUUGGUUAAGGGCUGUAAGUAAGCAUUUCACUGCAAUGUCUGCACCUGUUGUAUUCGGCGCAUGUGACCAAUAAAAUUUGAUUUGAUUUGAUUUGAUUUUGAUGAUGUAAUAUGCUUAAUUUUGUUGCUAACUAAUGCCCCCAUCUUCUGUAUUGAUCUUUUAGAUAGUUGUCUCAAUUGAGUUUCAGCAGCAAUAUAUAAGCUUCCAUUGUAUGUAAGAUGAGGGUGUUAUAGUGUAUGAGGUAAGGCAUCUGCAUAAGGACUCUUCGAGUUCACUGUGCUUCCCUUUGGCAACGAAACGAUAAUACUGUAAUGGAAGUAGUGUUUUAUUGGCUGUUCGCUGGGCAACAGAAACGCUAUAAUCAUAAUAAACCUGUGCCUGUAAUGUGAUUGGAAAACUGCGGUUAAGAUUGUAAUUAUAGAGCCUGUCAGGCUAACAAAUAGCACUGUCGGGCUUCAGUGGAAUGUCUUAGCUGGGCCUGUUCCCUCCAUUGUGAAAUCACACAAGUCAGCACAGCAGCGUAGGAAAGACUUGGCAGCCUCGCUUCCCUGUUUGCCUUGCAUUGACUUUCCUUUAUGAAGCUGGAUGAGUAUUUGCCAGUUAUGUCUAUUAGGGUCUAUUCUAUCUCAGACAGUGAUUCGGAGAGUUAGAGGGAAGAAAUGGAGCAUUGAGGAUCAGAUCGGAUCAGAACGUUAUUGUGAUUCAACAGUUGUUGGGGAUGUGUAGCAGGGGAGUCCUGCCCAUUGAAAUUAAGGGGGGCACAGACCCUCUCAGAUUAAUUAUUUGUACACUGAAAAUAUAGCAGAUAUUGGUUAUUUGACUCAUAAUUCAAGCAAAGCAAAGUUGGUCAUUAGUUCCCUCUCAACAAUAGUAGGUGCAAUGAUGCCUCUGUAUAUUGGAAACUGGUUAGAGAGAGUUAGAAGUUGUGACCAAACCAGUUGUCUAAUGUGACGUUUUUCUAUCAAUCCCAGGUGAAAUGUGACCAGUACUGGCCCACUAGAGGGACGGAGACCUACGGCCUCAUCCAGGUGACGCUGUUGGACACGGUGGAGCUGGCCACAUACUGUGUCAGGACCUUUGCACUUUAUAAAGUACGUUUGAUUUCUUCAUAAUUAAUUUAACCUUUAUUUCACCCGGAAGUCAGACACCCAAUUUGGGUCUGAAUGAAACUGAUAACCCUAUCCACGGGCCAGUAGGUGUGGUUGAGAUGAGGGACCACACCUCCUCAAGGUAUUGAAGUAUUAUCGCUGCUGUUCAAAAUGUCGCCCAAUGUGUGUUCUACCCAUGUAUAGCCUACUUCCCCUCUAUCUAUCAGAAUGGUUCCAGUGAGAAGAGAGAGGUGAGGCAGUUCCAGUUCACGGCCUGGCCGGACCACGGGGUACCCGAGCACCCAACUCCGUUCCUGGCCUUCCUCAGACGGGUCAAAGCCUGUAACCCCCCAGAUGCAGGGCCCAUGGUGGUACACUGCAGGUAAGCAAGGCUCCCAUGAUAUCAUGAUUUCACUAUCAUAGACUAUGUUAGCCUGCCGAGCUAAGGACUAGGCCUUCUGGUUACUCAUCAUUCAAGCGUUGUCACAGAUAUAGAUAAAAACACAGAGGGAAAGAGAAAGAGACAAGGAAGAGAGAGAGAGUGAAGAAAGAGGAGGAGGGUAGGAGGAGGGGCUGCAUAUCACCGACUGAGAGCCAGAGGGAGUCGUCCUACUAGCUUUGCUGGAUGUUUUUUUUUCUUCUCAAUCUGAAGGUAUUUACUACAACAGAGUAAGGAUUACUGGUGUCCGUGCCCUUGGCAAAAAUUUAAUCCCUCCCGCACACACACACACACACACACACACACACACACACACACACACAGACACACCCAAACACCUGUCCUCCCCACACUAACAUCCACGCAUCAGCGCUCCAUGAGUAUCCAGCUUAUCCCCGGGGUUAUUACAAAAAACGUCAAUAAAUAAAGCACUUACUUCUCACUUCCAAUGACAAGAAGGAAUAAACUCCAGACAGAGGUGAAAAGAGAAUGUAGCUGUCUGCCUCUCUUCAGACUGGGGAGUUAUAGGAGGCUCUGGUGUGUGUGUGUGUGUGUGUGUGUGUGUGUGUGUGUGUGUGUGUGUGUGUGUGUGUGUGUGUGUGUGUGUGUGUGUGUGUGUGUGUGUGUGUGUGUGUGUGCGUGUGUUCAGAGAGAGAGAUAGCUAAAGGGAGAGAGAGGGGGACAGAAAAUGGAACUGAGAGAGCAAGCAAGAAGAUACAAACUUAUGUCUGAAAAACGGACAAUAAAAGGGAUUACCAAAGAAUACAAAUUACUACAUGCUGGAGUUAAUUAAACCUAGUCGCAGAAUCAGUUUAAAUUGAAAAAACCAGACUUUUUACGGCGAACCAGAAUGCAGGAAUUAAUGUCACUCAGCAGAUUGGUGUUUUAAUGCCUCGCCACCGCAUCAGAUAAAGGAAGUGUAGAGCUUCAAAUCCGUACAAAUGCAUUUCACACAAUCCCACAUCCCCUAUGCCUUGUCAGACCACCACAUUUGUUCCUUUUAAUUAUUGCAUCAGAAAGUUAACUUAAGGCUACGUUCCAAUUAUCUCUGCGUAUCUCUCCCAAAGUGUACACUUGUUCACUUCCUUUAUUGAUUUGAAAGGAAAUACUGGUUUAAUAAAUAUGGGGGGAACUCCCACUGGCCCUGCCUCCACUAAUCCAAUGCUUUUAGAUUUGUGUGAAGAACGAGUGCACACUUCAUGAGAAAGGAGAUAUUAUUGGGACGCACCCUUAGAUUUCAGGAUGAGCAAGGAGAGUUGGUGAGAUGGCCGGUCCAUCAAGCCCUCUAUCUCGCAAGGCUGUUGAUUGCGGGCUGUUUAUCACAGACCAUUUGCAAGUCUAAACAAAAGCUGUAAAGGGGAAAAAAAAUGAUUUUUUUGUGGCGUAUAAUUAACUACAUUGUACAGGCCCUAGGGUAUUUGAUUAAUUAGCUGGCCAGGCUAUUGUUUGCAGGAAAACACCUUUUCGAUGCUCCCUGUAAAAAAUCAGUGUUGCAACACUCAAACUGACCAAAAUACAUAAUCAAAGUAGGUGUGGGUGUGACCCAAUCCCCAAAAAACAUUGUUUUUAGCUUUCACACAACACAAACACAAGUAUCAUCAGUGUCAUUUCUUUUGACAGUUUGUUGAACAUAUUUUCCUUAGACUUUCUCUCAAACACUCAUCGACACAAACAAACGCACACGACACACAUACAAUAAUUUCAUCUGUAAUGGCCCCUGGAGUCAAAGGAGCAGAAUUAAUUUGACACACAAACACACACAACACACAUACAAUAAUUUAAUCUGUAAUGGCCUCUGGAGUGGAAGGAGCAGAAUUAAUGUCUGACCAAAGUCGACCGUGUCUCAAGUGCUAUUAUUGAUUUAGCUGCUUUGUUGUCAAGCCCAGACAGAGACCCCAAUUUACGCAGGCUUCAAGAGUGCACAUUACGAAUGGGACCGUAGAGGAGCCUCCCAGAUAUGACAUUCCUGUCACACAGAGAGCCAUGGUCACUCUCACUCUGUCCAUCUACUAGCCACUUCAGACCUUCCCAUCGAUGGUCGUAUAUAUGUCAUGCUUAAUAGCGAGCUAGCCAUCUUAACAUUACUGUGGAUGACAUGCCUUGUAAAAACUUGACAGUCAUAGACAGUGAGGUGAGGGUAAGUGGUUGGUGUUCUGUUUAAAAAAUUGGCUCGCCUGGUUUCAAAGUGCUUCAUGUCUUUUGUUCAUUAAAAAUGGCUUCCCUGUUGAAGCCUGGCAGUGCAGGGCAAUUAGGAGCAUUGGGGCUUUGCGUUUGAUUGUGUUUUUUAUAAUGAGAAACAAAAAAAUUAAAUUGGAUUAUCAUUAUAUUAUCAUUAUUCAAUUUGAUGUUGAUUCCCACAGUAUUAUAUACCCAUUGCAAUCACAGUGCAUGAAAAGUUCACUUUAUGGCCAAGUUCUCUAGUAAAAUGAUUGACUAAUGUGAGUUUGUCAGUUUACAGUCUGAAGCUCAUUAGAGAGUAACAUUAAGUAGGCCUAUGCGAGAUUGCAUCUUAAGUCCUGUGGCCAACAUUGAUGCUCAAACUUUCAACAAAGCUUCAGAGAAAAAUGGAAAUGUCCUAAAACACAGGAUCAGAGUAAACUAUCCCUAUAUUUCAACAGAACACUUUAUAUUAUACGUGGAAAACUUCCCAAACCCAGCUGUGGACGUCAGCCAACAUUCCCUCCGAGGAGCAGUGAAGAAGGAUAUUAUUAAAAGUACAUCCAUGUGUUCUCUCUCUCCCUGUCUCUCGCUCGCUCUCUCUGUCUCUCGCUCGCUCUCUCGCUCUCGCUGUCUCUCGCUCGCUCUCUCUCUCUCGCUCUCUCUCUCUCGCUCUCUCUCUCGCUCUCUCUCUCUCUCUCUCUCGCUCUCUCUCCUCAUGAGGUGAGGUCAUCGUUUCUUGUGGGGGGUGCAUAUUGUAAAAGUCUCCCACCCACCCCCACGGAGCACUAAACUAGGUUCCGUGUUUCAACAGUUCCAUUCUGUUCUCUGUGACCCACGGGGUUGCGGACCGUUGUGCUCCUAUUGGAACCAGGGCCGUUCAGGCGUUAUGGGCUCACAGGGAGAAGUCACAAUGGACAUGAUUGAAUGUAACCGGGAUCGCCGGCCCUUUCUGCAGCUCUCUGAGUCGCUCAAAGAGCAGCACUGGUUCAAUGCUGGGAUAAUUAAAGAGACACCAUUUAGUUAGGAAAAAUGUCCCUUUUUCAAUGUGUCUGGGCGACAGACAUACUCUUUGGAGGUUGUUGUAUGAUUCAUAGUCUGUCUACUUGAACAAUAGGUACAGCACAGACAGACGUUCGAGGUUCAUGUUAGUGGUAACGUUAGAGUGGUGUCUCGUAUGAAGAGGAGGAAGGAAUAAACAUAGUCUUCUGCAAGGAAUUUGGAAGUCUGUCUUUAAUGACCUUAUUGCCUCAUCGCACAGUGAAAUGUAAUAUUCUCCACCAUUUCUCCUCGAGUGGCGAGAUUGCGGUCUAGUCUCACACAUCACAUGAUGGGUUAAGAAUUUGUCAUUGGCUGUGUCUGAAAUGGCAUCCUAUUCACUAUAUAAUGCACUACCUUUGACCAGGGACCAUAGGGGAUAGGGUGCCAUUUCGGAUGCAGCCAGUGUCUCCUUUUGAGAUUGUGGAGAACAAUGUAACCAAACUGCAGGAGGGUGUAUAGACACACACGUUUACACGUAUACACACAAACACACAAAAUCUUGUUAUGGUAUGACUUUAUCUCUGAUGUAACUACGUUGCCAUUCAGACAGUCUCAUUGUAUUUAGUACCGAUACACUAAAACUAAUCUUGAAUAGAGGUGGAGCAUUUUGAUACACACUGUAAAUGUGGAAAUAAUUGCACAGCCUUCUGGUCGCAAUUAUAAGCCAUACACUGAACUGUUAUGGUGAAUUUUAAGUUAAUGGUUUGGUUGGUCUGUGUGUCUGUUUAAUGGGUGAAUGGGGUGUAAAAAGGCAUCUUGAGAGGUUGCCCGACCAAAAUAGAUUCAGUAACCAUACCAACAUGUAAUUGCUUUUACUUUGACCAGGCUUUAUCUACUCCGGGUCCAGUUGCAGCUGUAUUUUACAAUGUGCAAUCUCCCCAUUCCCCAAACUCGGAGAAAACAUUGAAAAAACAUUGAAAACACAUUAGCCUAACACUGAUGUCUGCUGACGUCCAAAGCAGCUGGCCGCGCCUGUCAGAGCAGCCAGUGUCAGGCCUUUAGUGCAGGGGGGAGCGGGAGAAACAGGCCCCAAAUCAGGGCCAACCAUCCCCCAUGACUGCCAAACGUACAGAGCCUCUCUUUCUCUCUCUGCCGAUAACGGAGGAGGCGAGCCAAGUGGCUAUGUCACCCCUGCUCCUCCUCUUCUUCCUCCACCUGCCCAUCUCUCGAUGCUGUCACUCUGUCAAUGGCUUGCUCACAGGUCAUCACUCUCUGGCGUUUGGGACUGUACUUUAAAUUGGCGAAGGAUUGGAAACAGCUGGGACCAGGGUAGAAAAUGUCUUGCACUUGUCGUGUUUUCUCCCCCCGCCGUGCUCUGGAGAGUGCUGCUCCUUAGACUCUGGAUGUGAUUCAUAUCCCCAAAUAUUCCUGAGCCCAUAUCACACACAGUAUUUCAGAAUCACGUGUGGUUCAGACACACACACACACACACACAUACCAAUCUUUCAGAAAGCCCAGCAACACCCAUGAGCAUCUGGGUAAUACCUCAAGAGUCGCGAUAAAGCCUGCAUCUAAACACGUCCCCAAAUCAAUCAAGUAAUGUCGGCCAUUUUAAGCGCAACCACACAAUGAUUUGCAGCGACAAACGACUCCCGUAUGCGUUUUAAUUCCCUCUCUGCUGCACCACAGCACAUUAGCCAGACUUGGGCCCCGGGGACUAUCUUAACUCCCUCUUUAGUUUUUUUCCCUUCUUUUUUUCUCUGUAUAAAUGAAAAACAAAUGGCCUAUCAGGGGAAGAGAGUCAGGGGAGCGUUGCUCACACCUCGUAGCCAUGUCGACUUAAUGGGUUGAAUAACCUAUUUACUUUAGAGCAGCCAGCCAACAACUGACUGUCUUGUCAAUGCUCGGCUGGGGAAGACAUGAGCUGUCAGGCGGACUGGAGUUCACACUCUCCGCGAUGCCAUCGUCCAAAAAAAUGAAGAAGAAAAAUAGCACCAUUGCAGUGCCAGCAGAGAGCCACGCUGUAGACCAGACCACUGCAGCCGGAGCCAUUCUCCUCCACCCACUGCCUCUGCAGCACCACUUACGCUCAAAGCCAAAACGGUCAGCUCUGCUGUGGUCAAGGGGUUAGCAACGAGGCCAAGGGGUUAGCCCCUGGUCUGGUCCCUGUGUAGCCAGGGAGCUUCUUAGGUCUCCUCACCACUGAGGCAGGGCACCUCUCCCAGCGUGGAUCUGUCACUCAUUCUCCACCAAUGGAGGGUAGUCAUUCUCAUCAUAGGUGAAUGGGCUUGCACAGCAGAUAGUGGUGCACUGGGGUAUGAAGGGUAUAUGUUAGGUCGGGAUACAGAAUACAAAAAUGUUAGAGUGAAAACCACAGAUGUAGUUUUAGGUAAUUACCGUUGUAAAAUAAAUCAUUUCCACCUGUAGAUGAAAUGCUGAUUCUAACUAGGCCUGUUAUCUGUUUAUACAUAAUACUUUCUCCUCACAAAGAUAUUAUCUCAAAGGUGCAUCGUGGUUUACAUCUGUCAAGAUGGAUGAGCCACUAAAACAUUUAGCUGAAGUCAUCAAUUGCCAAAACGAGUCAGUAGCAAGUCAACCUCACAGCACUGAUCGUUUCCCUUCCUCUGUUCCGUGUGUGUUUGGGUGCCACAAUGCUGCACACAGGCUAUUGUGUCUCUUAAGGGGGCCAAUUUCAAGUUUGCCAUCUUUGUUUUGUCUUUAGUGCCGGGGUGGGCCGCACGGGCUGCUUCAUCGUGAUCGACGCCAUGAUGGAGCGCAUCAAGCACGAGAAGACGGUGGACAUCUACGGCCACGUGACGCUGAUGCGCGCCCAGCGGAACUACAUGGUGCAGACGGAGGACCAGUACGUGUUCAUCCACGAUGCGCUCCAGGAGGCCAUCACUUGCGGCACCACCGAAGUGCCCGCCCGAAACCUCUACGCCUACAUCCAGAAGCUGACUGGGAUCGAGGGUGGAGAGAACGUCUCAGGCAUGGAACUGGAGUUCAAGGUAAGCCGGUCCGUGCUGUAUUAUUGGCAUGGAAGUUAAUUUCAAAUUCUUUGUCGAUAAUUGGAAGAAUCCACACAGAAAUUACAAUUAUUUUCAAGGGGAAAUAAUUCAGUUCAGCGCAAGCUAGUUGUAAAAGUAGCUUACAUGAGUAUGCAUUCAAUUUAUUGCAAAAAUAUAUUGUAAAAGGAAUAGCUAAACUGAUAAAGCAGCAUUACACGCUACAGACAAACAGCCAACAUAAAGACAUUGGACUGGAUGCUAACCAAAGAGCAAUGUGCUCCAGCUCAUAUCCUGCUUUUGUUCCAAAGGCCCAUGCAGACAAAAGAGGAACUGGCUACAUAAAGAAAAGAAGAAGGAAAAAAACGUACUAGCAAGCACUAGUCCCUUUUUAUGUCCAAUUUGGUCUGUUCCCAUGUGAGGUUUUACAGAAAACUUAAAUAUAUUGUAUUUACCGAAAGUUAGAGGGUGGUUAGAUAUUUUUUAUGUAAAAACCCCAGCCCUCUCGCCCCCCAUCCUCCCCUCCCCCAGCUCCAAGUCACAUCCUGGACCUGGCGCCAUUGAUUGGCCAAUCUCAGUACCACCACUCACAGACACUUUUCCAAUUCCCAUUAGCCCAGCGAGACAGCGUGGGGCCUGUGGUUUCCCCCAUUCCAGUUAGUUAGCCUUCCUAUUGUAACCCGACUAAAUCCCCCCCUUUGGUUACCCCUUUCCCCUUUCCGUUCCACCCUUAUGGUUAUAAGAGGGGUAGUUUUACAGCAAAAUGUCAAACACCGGUUUUCCCCCAUGACUAGGACAGUUGCCAGAGGGGGCUUAGAACAUACACCCUGCAUUUACAAUGAGCAGGCUCCACUACCAACCCACCCACCCGUCAUAGUCAGCCAGUCUGCAGUGUGUUAUAUGUGCUGUAUGUAAAGCUUGUUUGCCUUGCUUGUCACACACCUACUUCCCUUGGCCAAUGAUGAAUGAUGAUACCCCUAAGAGAUGUGAAACAGGUUAGAUUACCCGUUGCCCUGUCCACGUCGGGCUUGCCGCAGCAUCCAUUUUCAUGUUCAUCACAAAAUGCAAUUUUGUGCCCCGCACUGCAAACCUGAGCAGCAACAAUAAUCCACUAGGUUCCCCUUACAUACUUAAUGUUAACAUUAAAUAUGUAAGUACUGUAGAUGCAGUAAACAGCGUAGCCUUUUUCUGUUCAGAAUUUUUGGCAGCCGAGAACACAUAAUCCUCCUAAGGCCUCCCCUCACUUUGGUAGCAUGUGAUUAUUAAUAACGUUUACGUCUUUAUAUUAGACAAACCCCCUGUUUUUUAUGUCAACCACAAGCCAGGCACUAGGGAAAUAAAAGGAAGACAGCAGCGUUUGCCAGCAGUGACCUAACCGCAGUGCUUCUUAUCUCCCUCUCUCUAGCGUUUAGCCAACACUAAAGCCCAUACGUCGCGAUUCAUCAGUGCCAAUCUCCCCUGCAACAAGUUCAAGAACCGCCUUGUGAACAUAAUGCCAUACGAGUCCACACGAGUGUGUCUUCAGCCAAUCCGAGGGGUGGAGGGCUCCGACUACAUCAAUGCCAGUUUCAUUGAUGGAUACAGGUGAGCUUUCAACUCUGUCGACCAAGAUAGUUGAAUAAGGGACUCAAAUGGUAGUCCACUUUUACCAUGUGUUAUUCAAGAGAGCAUAUUGUUUUAUGUCCACAGGCAACAGAAAGCCUAUAUUGCCACUCAAGGGCCUCUAGCGGAGACCACGGAGGACUUCUGGAGGAUGCUCUGGGAGCACAACUCCACCAUCGUGGUCAUGCUAACAAAGCUCAGAGAAAUGGGCAGAGUAUGUUAUGCAAAAUGAUGUUGUCUCUGUGCUAAUCAAAUGUUGCUGCUUCUUUAACAAUACAUAUAACAAUUGUGCUACUUCAACUACUCUAUUCUAUGUAGUUCUUGAACUAUGCAAAAUAAAUUGAAUUCAGACCAACAAUGACACAUCGUAAACAGCAUGUACAACCACAAUCUGUAAGAUAUCCAGGCACUCUGCUGGAAUUUCAGUGUACCGUACAAAGUACACUGAAAGUUUGUUUCUGUUGUUUUUCCUCCGCUGCAGGAAAAAUGCCACCAGUAUUGGCCAGCAGAGAGGUCGGCCAGAUACCAGUACUUUGUGGUGGACCCCAUGGCUGAGUACAACAUGCCACAGUACAUCCUGAGAGAGUUCAAAGUGACUGACGCCAGGGUAAGUACUGUACUGUAAUACAGCCCUCCUUUACUGUCUAAACAGUCAUUGAGAUUUGACAGUGCUAGAAAGCGUUCCAGACUUUGUAGUUUUUGUCCAAAUAUAUCAGUUUCGUUGUUUACAUUGUGGAGUUUGGUCAAACGGAUAAAUCUGUCUACUUUGAAGUCUUUGUCUUUAAACAACUGUGUCUGUUUGAUGAUAGAAACAGAGACACAACUAGCGGCACCCAUUACAAUUUUUUGAGCCAUUUGAUUUUAAUGGUUCAGAUUGAGACUUAGACUGAAAUUGUUUACAGCGUCAGUUGGCCGACUCCUACUGACCGUUUUUUUCUUCAAGCCAACAUAUAGGCCCCAGAUCAAAUAUGCUGUUCAUACCAAACUUGAUGAUUUAAAAUGAAUAUAUGCUGAAAUAUAUUUGAGGGAAUUAUGACAUGUGUCAAUGGUGUAAAAACAAAUACUGCUCCUGGCAGCCUUGAGCCGCUGGGAGUUUUUAAUUCCAUCAAAGGCUUACACAGAUAAAUGGUGCAGGCUUCUCCUUUGUAGUGUGUGUUACACUGGGACCUGAAUAGGAUUACUUCCCCUUAUCAAGGGGAUACAAUAUCACUUAAGUAAUGCACACCCUCAAAGACGGCAUUUCAAGAGCCUACCGAACGCAGGCACAUCAAAGGACUUAGUGUCUUUAGUAUUCAUAUAUUAAUACAUUCAGGUGAAAAUGACAGAUAUCUUUAGUAACAAACGCCUGUCUGGUGCUUAAAACUGUGUGCCUCUGUGCACCCUGAUAUGCUAACGACUGGGAUCUUCAAUAGAAAAGCACACAAGAGCCUGUGUCAUUACUGAGGCAUAUUGAGAUAGUCAGUUUUCCUUUUUUUUCCUUCACUAUCUUCCGACUUGGCCUGUUUGUCAAGUGCAUUAGACGGGUUGCCUUGACUUCAUCACUUGCACUUUGUCGUUUUUCCAUAUCUUGGCGCGACGUUCCAUUCAAGUGAGCACACUGUAUUCUCUCUCCCUAUUUUUCCAGGAUGGACAGUCACGGACGGUAAGGCAGUUUCAGUUUACAGACUGGCCCGAGCAAGGAGUGCCAAAAUCGGGAGAGGGCUUCAUCGAUUUUAUCGGCCAAGUGCAUAAAACAAAAGAACAGUUUGGGCAAGAUGGGCCUAUCUCAGUCCAUUGUAGGUAAGGAUAAUAUUUUAUGUUCAAUGGAGUUUUAUGUCAUACACAGACAGUAUGGUAAGCAAGUACAAUAAAAGACCACAAGGUUUAAUGGUAUUUAAAAGAUUUAGCUUGACUUGCAAUGGAAAUAGUGAUGCUUUACUUUGAUCCUACCAGGAUAAAAGAUAAGAUCAAAUAUCUAUCCAGACAUUAAAUUAGCUCCCAGACACCCCACAGCAGAGUCCUCUGACAUAUCAUUGCAGGUAGGAAAAAUAAAUAUAAACAGUCUAGAGAACAAAGACAAAUAAUAACAGUCUAGUCUUGACUGCAUUGUUUUGUCUGGUCAUGUGUGGUUUUGUCUGGUCAUGUGUGGUUUUGUCUGGUCAUGUUGUCAACAGCUUGGAGGUUCUCAGACUGUUUAUUUAGUGUCUGAUCAUCUUUCUCGCAGUGCGGGCGUGGGUAGGACCGGAGUCUUCAUCACCCUCAGCAUCGUAUUAGAGCGGAUGAGGUAUGAGGGCGUGGUGGAUAUUUUCCAGACGGUGAAAAUGCUCCGGACACAGAGACCAGCCAUGGUGCAGACAGAGGUGAGAUGCCCUGUAACUGUACUCUCCACACCUCUCACCUUAUGGAGGUCAACCGAGCAUGAUACAUAACCUACCUACCUAGCUGCCACACUAUAUAUUGUUAACUAUUAGGCAGGUAGCAAAACGCAGCAUCAUAUGAUGCAAAAUGCAUCAUACAGGGAUGAUUUCUGUAUUUUGAAAGUUACAUAUCUUGAAAACUUGAUUGCUGACAACCAAAACAUUAUGGGACUACUGUAUGUCAACAAUGGACUAAUGAAACAAAUACCAAAAUAUAGUUUUUGGGUGGAAUUUGCUCUGGAUAAGAGCGUCUGCUAAAUGACUAAAAUGUAAAAUGUAAAAGCAGGAAUCUUUUACUCUGUGGUGAAUCAAGGAAGUUUCUUUCUAAGCUUAUUUAUCACAUUUCAGAGCAGCAGCAAAUGAAAAUGUGACAGUGGCAGACAGAGAAAAAGAGAAUGAUGGCCAGUGAAACUAAAGAUCAUCCAUAUGGAGAGACAAAAAAGAAAGAGUGCUAGACAGAGAAAGAAAGAAAUAAUACCUGGUUGGAAAAUAGUGACAGGUCUAAUUUUCUUUCUCUCCUUUCUCCUCAGGAUCAAUACCAGUUCUGUUACAGAGCUGGCUUGGAAUACCUUGGGAGCUUUGACCACUAUGCU